AUGGCUUUUAUCACCCCAUCUCGAGGUUUGAGGCAAGAUGAUCCGCUCUCUCCUUUCCUCUUUAUCUUGUGUGCAGAAUGCUUCUCUUUGCUUUUGGUGCAGGCAGAAGCUAAUAAUGAGAUUGCAGGAGUCCAAAUAGAUAGAAGCAGCCCGCGAAUCUCCCAUUUGCUUUCUGCCGGCGAUUCCCUUCUGUUUUUUAAGGCUUCGCAAGAGGAAGCUACUAGAGUUCAGUUUGUGCUUAAUCUUUUGUAUAAAGCUUCGGGGCAGCUUGUGAAUAUAGAGAAGUCCUCAAUCUUCUUUAGCCGUAAUACGCCCCCAUAUAUCCGUUCUCAGAUUGCAGGUCUGCUUAGUGUGAUUAAAGUGGGUGGUCAGGACAAGUAUCUCAGGCUUCCUACCCUUGUUACAAAAUCAAAGUGUGAAACCUUCCGAGAACUUUGUGCUAAAGUCAAGCAAAAAGUGUCGGGGUGGAAGGAGAGUUUUAUAUCAUAUGGGGGUAGGGAGGUUCUUAUUUAA